AUGGCAUUCAAGAUAUCUUGCCCUCGGUUGACACCUCUUCAGUCGCGUGUCGCCGUCUCUUCAUUUGCAACAGUGCUCAUGAUUACACUGCUUGUCUUGUGGACACUACCGCCGUCAGCAUAUUCACAAUCGAUACCUGAUCUUGGCAGUGGCCAUCGAGUACACCAUCACCACCCCUCUUCCGAAACUUCAGCGAAUGACCGAUCACCAGUUCUUGAGGGAUUCAGUACAUUUUUCAAUCCGCUCAUACAAUCGACUGAAGAGUCGCAAUCAUGGGCGGAUACAAUAUCCCCUGAAGGCGCCGAACUUCACGAUCUACUACCAGGGGUUUUACAGGAACGUCAAGGAGGACCUUUCUUAAAUUCGCUUGUUAAAGACCAAUAUCGCAAUUUCAAUAUCAAACCCGGCGAAGUACAACUAUGGGGGUUGGAUACUGAACAAUUGUUUGCCGACGCUGGUCGGAGUGGUUCUUCCAAUGUUUUCGUUGACAUUGAGAGGAACAGCCGUAUUAGAACUGUUUAUUUUGGGUUUAAUACGUGCUGGGGCCCUACCGCCCCGAACAAUACAAGAGCUAUCCCGCCGAAUCUAACUUUAUACGCAUCCAACGCGACUGCUAAUAAGUCUCCUGGCCCCUCUGCAAACCCUCGACAGCAGAUCGUCAUCCCAGUGAUCGAAGGUUUCGCCAAUGUCACUUUCAAUGCCAGUUCAACGGUUUAUCUUUCAGUUGUUGCUCCUAAUAUUACAGCCGAAAUGGGAAACUUCACUGGCUUUUACAAUUACGAAAUUAUUGCCUCAACAAAACGAGCUUACUAUGGAUGGUAUAGGUUCCAAAACUUGUACCUUAUCGACAGCGAUUCGUCGAACGCUCUUUUGAUCUCAGGAAAUGAGACUGCAUACGACAAAGCCACUAAUGUGUCGGCUAUCAGGCCGCCGUAUACAUUCUUCGCCCACCCAGCUAAUGAUACGGCUGUGAAUGGUCUAAAGCGAAGUUGGUGCGGGCUCAAGGCUCGCGCGAGUCUUAGUGCGUCCAGCGGCGACAUCUCAAUGACAAGGCGUGGUUUGGGAAACAAAGUCAAGGAGCAGAUAUACCUGAAAGGGUUGAAGCCAAAUACGACAUAUAACAUAUGGUUGGCAAAGCAGAAUAAUGAGACGGAAGGCGGCUUUAUAUAUUCUGCGGUCAACCUUACAACGAAGUCGGAUGGUAAUUGCCGAGUCAUUUACGACCUUCAAUUUUGCUCUGAGGUCGCCUAUGCCGUCCCCACAAAUGACACAAUAUUCCAGAAUAUGCCCCAUCUGGCCAGGUUCUACGAUACGUACGCAUCAUCCUGGUACGCCAAUUUCUCGUACUCGCUACAGCAGGUCCAAUGCAACACGACAUCUGAUCGGGAGUACUCCCACCUCAGAAGUUGCGACGAUUGCGAUAAAGCUUACAAAACAUGGUUAUGCGCAACUACGAUCCCUCGUUGUGCGGAUUACAGUAGUGAUGCAUCAUUCCUUGCGGAACGAAGCCGUGGCGAUGGAGAAGAUAACGGUCCUACGAAGAUCUUUUUAGAUGAUGGACGUAUUGUGGAUAUCGAAUUGGGGAACGUAACCAACGAUGACGGGUCGACGCCUCCGGCGUUUAAAGCUGCGAGUAGAAAUAUUCUUAUCGAUGAGGUUGUUAGCCCUGGACCGUAUAAGGAAAUUAAACCGUGUAUGGAUUUGUGCUGGAGUCUGAUACAGAGUUGUCCGGCGAGUUUGGGGUUUAGUUGUCCUAGUGGUAGUCGUGGGGAGAAUAGUUAUGGAUGGAGGAGUGAUGAUGGGGAUAUCACGUGCAGUUACUUAGGUGCAGCAUAUUUUUUGAGCAAGGCUACGAGAGGUAUGGGGCUUGUAGGAGGAGGAGGUGGAGGGUGGGCUUUGGUGGUUGGGUUGGUGGUGGUGGUUAUGGGGCUUUUGUGA